AUGAGUAUUUGUCUUCUUUCCAGAUUGAUCAAAGAGGAGUCGGAGUUCACUCUGAGCAUCUUAAAAACCGAGGACACGGUUAACAGAGAGUUCAUUGAGACCGAACUGGAAGAGACGCUCCCGACGGAAUCAGAUCUCUUCCCUAACUUGAGCAAGAACAGAGUCAAGGCGGAGCAAUUUGAGGAAGAAUCUGGCAACGCGAUGGCUGAAAAAACGAAAGUCGUCAAUCUGGGAAGAGUGAAGUCUGAGGAAGCAGAUGAUUCGGUGAAGAAUGAUAAGGAGGAGCCCCAAGAUGUGCCAAAAAAUCUCCCGAUUGAAGCACAAGGGUUGACAAAAUCUCAACUCCAUCGAGAAGUCGACCCACUUCUUAACAACGUUCUUCAAGUCGAGCAGGGAAAAAUCAGUUACUCAGAUGUCGGAGGGCUCACGGAGCAGAUCGAUAAACUCCGUGAGUUCGCCGAGCUCCCUGUGGUCAAUCCGGAACUCUUCCGCCGCAUUGGAAUCUCUCCGUUCAAUGCAUGUCUCCUCUUCGGACCAUCUGGAACCGGAAAGACGCUUCUGGCAAGCGCAUUGAAGUCUCAACUGGAUUGUGCCUUUAUCAAGGUCGUUUCGUCGGAAAUCGUCGACAAAUACAUUGGAGAAUCGGCUAGAAUUAUUCGAGAUAUGUUCAAUUACGCCCGUGAUCAUCAGCCGUGCGUCGUCUUCAUGGAUGAGAUUGAUGCUAUUGGUGGACGGAGAUUCCCGAAGGGAACGUCGGCGGAUCGAGAGAUUCAGAGAACUCUCAUGGAGCUUCUGAAUCAGUUGGACCGAAUCGACUCGCUCGGGACAGUGAAGGUCAUUAUGGCGACAAAUCGACCGGAUACGCUGGAUCCGGCACUUCUUCGUCCUGGACGACUCGAUCGAAAGAUUGAAAUCGGACUGCCGGAUGAGCAAUCGAGAAUUGAGAUUCUGAAGAUCCACUCGAAUAAGAUUACGAAGCAUGGAGAGAUUGACUUCGAGGCGGUUGUGAAGUUGUCCGAUGGAUUCUCUGGAGCUCACUUGAAGAAUGUGUGCACUGAAGCAGGAAUGUACGCGAUCCGUGCUGGUCGUGAGCGUGUCACCAACGAGGACUUCAUGAAUGCUGUCCGCGAAGUCGGUGACGCAUUGCGCCUCGAAACGAAACUCGACAAGAAGCCAGUCUAA